AAACACAACCGAAAGAAAAACAACUCAGAGAAAAAGAAAAGAAAAUUCAGAGAAAUCAGUCAGAAAAUGGGAGGCUUCUCUUGCGAAUCCGAAUCAUGGGUUCUGAACCCAGAAGAAGAACGCCACGAUCAUCAGAGAUCGCUCUCUCGAACGAGCUCUGGGUUCGAGUUUCGGUCGAAGAACAACCAAGAAAGGAAGAAGAAGAAGAAAACGAAGAAGGAGAAUUCAUGUUCAGAGAAGAAGAACGGGGUGUUGCUGGAGCUGGAAGGAGAUGAGCUUGGAAGGACGAAGAGUCUGACGGACGAUGAUCUCGAGGAGCUCAAAGGGUGUGUGGAUCUGGGUUUUGGUGGAUUCAGUUAUGAUGAGAUUCCGGAGUUGAAGAACACGUUGCCUGCUCUGGAGCUCUGCUAUUCCAUGUCUCAGAGCUCUUCUCUUUCUGACUCCUCAUCCACUCCCAUUCCUAAUUGGAAAAUCUCCAGUCCUGGUGACCAUCCAGAGGAUGUUAAAGCAAGGCUCAAAUUCUGGGCACAAGCCGUGGCUUGUACUGUUAAAUUAUGCAGCUGAACUAUCAAAAGAAAACACUUUAUAAUGAAUUCAUAUCUUUUCCAAAAAAGAAAUAUGUUACGGCCAUCAAUCAUCCUUUGAGAAAAAAAGCUGGAUCUUUUAUGUGAAGAGCUGUGUGCUCUUCACUGGUCCACUCCUGGGAAAAAAAAAAAAAAUCCUAAAAAAUUCUCAAGUUGAAGCUGGAGAUGGACCUUCAAAAGGUUCUGCUCAUGAAUGGGAUUAAUGGGUUCUAUCUAUUUUUGGAGAAGAAACAAGAAAGAGCUAAAGAAGGAGAAGGAGGAGAAGAAGAAAGAAGAAUGUUUCAGCUGUGACUGGUGAGAGCUUCCAUUUAGAGCUUCACCAACACUGAUCUCUGUUGUUUUUGCUGAUGACAUGAACCUCUGCAAUUUGGCUGAGCUAUGAUAAUCCAUUCCAUUUCCGGGGAUAUAGUUAUAUUUGCCCGUCGGGCUGGUAUUGCAGAAGCCAGUGGAGGGAGAGGGAGAUUGCAAACUUUACUUCAUUGACUGACCACUAUCUCAUUCUCAUGUGCUAAUUUCCCAAUUUAGAGACUUUUUGGCUUUGCUUUCCAAGGGCAAUAGUUCCUUGUGAUUAUGUGUAAGGACUGAUUUUAAGAGUCACUAGUUCUUAGCUGACUUCUGAUAAGAUGAUGUAUUGUUUGUUGUUUGAUGGUA